ACUGUAUUCCCCACUGUGUCCUCCAACUGUUGUAUGUUCUGCCAAUCGCUUGAGGACAGAGUGGGAAAAGGAGCAAGCAGAGUUAGAAGCCGGACAAAAGAACUUAUAGACCCCUUAUAUACAUAUUUUUCUAAUGUUUUAGAGAGCGUGGUGGGGUGAAAACAAUUGCGGUGAGUGCGGAUGGACUUGUCAGUGUAGUUAUGGAACCCCCUUUAAACAAGAGGAAUCCGGCGAUAAGAUUAGCGGAUUUGGCAGCGACUCAACCCCAUCCUCAUCAGAAUAUGACAGGCUUCCCGGGGCUAGGGGGGCAUCACCCUCUCUCCCACCAUGCCCACCUCCACCCUGGGGAGCUGGGCAACGACCCCGGAGUGGCACUCACUCCAUUUGGACCAGAGCACAUGGCACAGACAAAUGCUCUCAAACUUAGCCCAUCUCAACACAUUCAGAGCCAUCACGAAGCCCAGACCGCGGCAUCUUUCACUUCUGCUCAGACCACUGUUGGUUUCCCCGUGGCUCACCCCCACUCAGGCUACUCAAGCAGCAGGGACUUCAUCCUCAGGAGAGAACUCUCAGCCUCUGCUAUGCAUGCACUUGGCGACCAGCAUAGUUCCGCCUCCUCCCCUCAUCACCAUGGCAUGUUCAUCUCUCCAACAGGUGCUUAUGGGCACGCAGAAAGUGGGGCCCAUUCACUUUUUACUGGACUUCACGACCAAGGGUCCCCAGGUGCCCAUCACCACCAUGCCCUCAAUGGGCAGAUGCGCCUGGGUAUACCGGGGGACAUCUACGGCAGGCCAGAGCACUUCGGGCACAGGCCAGAUCACUAUGGACCCUCUUCUCUCCACAGCUACAACUCCAUGAACCUCAAUGUGAACAUCGCUUCAGCUCCUCACGGAGCGGCGGGGGCGUUUUUAAGAUACAUGCGGCAGCCCAUAAAGCAAGAGCUAAUCUGCAAAUGGAUUGACCAGGAGCAAAGUCAAAAAAAGCCCUGCUCUAAAACUUACAGCACCAUGCACGAGCUGGUCAACCACGUCACGGUGGAGCAUGUCGGGGGACCGGAGCAGAGCUCCCACGUCUGUUUUUGGGAGGAAUGUCCACGGGAAGGAAAAGCUUUCAAAGCGAAGUACAAACUGAUCAAUCAUAUCCGAGUUCACACGGGAGAAAAGCCCUUCCCGUGUCCUUUCCCGGGCUGUGGAAAAGUGUUCGCUCGAUCGGAGAAUUUAAAGAUUCACAAGAGGACUCACACAGGAGAGAAACCUUUCAAGUGCGAGUUUGAAGGCUGUGACAGAAAAUUCGCCAACAGCAGCGACCGGAAGAAGCACUCUCACGUCCACACCAGCGACAAGCCUUACUACUGCAAAGUCCGAGGCUGUGACAAGUCCUACACACAUCCAAGCUCUCUGCGGAAGCACAUGAAGGUGCACUGCAAGUCCCCACCGCCCCCUUCGACCAACGUCCCCUACAUUUCCUCCACAAACCCUCUCGGAGACUCUCUUUCUCCAAACUCCGAGCCGCACAGGAACCGCUCGGCGAACCUCUCCCCUCAGGUCACCAACCUCAACGAGUGGUACGUGUGCCAGGGGAGCGGGGGACCCAACCACCUCCACACCCCCUCCAGCGAUGUGCCAACGUCAGAUUCAGAGGAGGACUCUUUCAGACACUCAGACCCAAGGACAAUGCUCUGAUGCCCUGUUUACAACUUGACUGUCAAAUUGCCAUCUAGUUGACCCGUUAAAAGGUGUGUAGAACCAUGCUGGCCUGGGCGCUUGGGACAUUGAUCAGCUAUUUUCACUGUAGUAUUAUUAAACAAGUGUGCUCAACAAAGAUAACUCAUUAUUAUCUUGGAGGCAAUGCAGGCCUUACUACAUAAACAAGAAUGAAAUUGAUGUGACCCCUGACCUUUCUUAAAAAUGUAGAUCAAAUCUGUCAAAACAAAUCAUCACACACUAUCAUUAGAACUGAAAUCUAAUUUAAAAGGACAAAAAAAAAUCUGAAUAGGGCAUUUUCAAAAUGAAUAAGCUUUGUACAAGAGCAAUAUGCAGGGUUUAAUUAACUGCAUGGCUUAAGACUCAACUGGUUUGCAGAGAUGACAUAUUUCAUGUGACCUCCCAUCACCCCUUGCAGUUUAAUAACUCACCUGCUAUCAAUCACUGUCAUAUUCCAGACAUUUAAGGGAAACAAAUGGUACUACCUUUAACCCCUCAAAUAGCAACAAAUGUUAACGGACAGAAUCUAGUAGAAGAAGAAGAUUUUUUAUAAAUAAUGUGUGAUUUCUUUAAGUUGUGGUACAAACUUUGAUAAACCAAUAAGAAAAAAAAAGAAAAGAGGAAGCAAACAUCUGAAUGUCUUAAGGGUUCUCAUUUAUCUUUUCAGAUUUCUACAAUACAUGUGUUUGGAUGGAAUUUUGUAAUAUUUAAGAACUAUUUAAGACUAUAUUUUAUGCAAAAUACACAAGUGUUAUGCUCGUUAAAGAGUGAGUCCCUCGAGACCCUAAAUGUCUACACUGACAGGCUUUGACCCUGUAGGAUUUGUAUAUAUGUAAUUGUACUGAUGCUUGUGAAUGUUGUGUAGUUUUAAUUACAAAAAAAUGUUGUUUUGUACAUCGUAAUUUAUUUGCUGGUAUCAAUGUUGGAAUUACAGGAACACCAAAGAAUAAUAAUAUCAGUUUUGGUGAUGCAUAGUGCCCUGCUGAUGUUUUUUUUUUAAAUGUUAACUUUCUGUUCACUUUCUUAUUUUUUAAAUUGUGUUCUGUAAAAGAAGAAACAUUUACUUGAAUAGGCUGUGUAAUGUGAAAAGUCCCUUUCUCGCAUGCCUUUUGUAGUGAUCUGUCUUUCUCUCUGAGGUGCAUGGUGCCGUUGGACAUGAUGGAUAAAAAAAAUGGAGAUGAAUCAGCUAUGAGUGUGCAGAUCCUUGGUGUUCAAAAUUAAAUUUACAAUAUAAAAUUUCAUGCUAAAAAUAAUAAUAAAAAACAGGACAUAUACAGAAA